ACACACACACACAAGGGAACGACAUACUGUGCUGAUGCUGAGAUAACAUUAUAUGCGUGUUUGUGUUUCUCUGUAUGUGUGUGUGUGCGUUUGUGCGCGCUCCACCUGCAGGGGGCGCCAGAGCGCGCUCCUCCUCAGUAUUCUCCUCAUCAGCACUGACGUGAUGCGGCAGUGAUCGUCAGCCGGGCGCUGCGGGCGGAGCGUGGGAUGUUACGCUGGUCGGUUCACCUGGAGGGCGGCCCGCGGCGGGUCAAUCACGCUGCAGUGUCAGUGGGACACAAGGUGUACUCGUUUGGGGGAUACUGCUCCGGGGAGGACUACGAGACCCUGCGGCAGAUCGACGUGCACGUCUUCAACACCGUGUCUCUGCGCUGGACAAAGCUGCCGCCAGUGCGCACUGGAGGUAGGGAGCAUGCUCGUGAAGUGCCCUACAUGCGCUAUGGACACACUGCAGUGCUGGCAGACGACACCAUACUGAUCUGGGGCGGACGCAACGACACCGAGGGGGCCUGCAACGUGCUGUACGCCUUCGACAUCAACCAGCACCGAUGGUUCACACCCAAGAUCUCUGGCACAGUUCCAGGAGCGCGAGACGGACACUCAGCCUGUGUUCUGGGAAAAGCCAUGUACAUCUUUGGAGGAUACGAGCAGCUGGCCGACUGCUUCUCCAAUGAGAUCCACAAGCUGGACACCUCCAACAUGUGCUGGUCACUGGUGAACGCCCGGGGGACACCGGCGCGAUGGAGAGACUUCCACUCGGCCACCAUCAUCGGCACUAAGAUGUUUGUGUUCGGGGGCCGCGCAGACCGCUUCGGGCCCUUCCACUCCAACAACGAGAUCUACUGCAAUAAGAUCAAGAUCUUCGACACCGAGACCAACAGCUGGAUGAACACACACACCGCACAGCUGAUGCCCGAGGGGAGGCGGAGCCACUCAGCCUUUGCCUAUAACGGAGAGCUCUACAUCUUCGGUGGUUAUAACGCUCGUCUGGAUCGACACUUUAACGACCUCUGGAAGUUUAGCCCAGAGGCGUUCUCCUGGAAGAAGGUGGAGCCGCGGGGUAAGGGUCCGUGUCCCCGUCGGAGACAGUGCUGCUGCAUGGUGGGAGACCGCAUCAUCCUGUUUGGGGGAACCAGUCCGUGUCCAGAGCAGGGGAUGGGGGACGAGUUCAACCUGAUGGACCACUCAGACCUCUACAUCCUGGACUUCAGUCCUAAUCUGAAGACUUUAUGCAAACUCGCCGUUAUUCAGUACAGUCUGGACCAGUCGGGACUCCCUCAUGACAUCAGGUGGGAGCUGAACGCUAUGACCACUAACAGCACCAUCAGUCGGCCGAUCUUCUCUUCUCACGGCUGAUCGUCUGCAGAGCCGCGCACCAUCAGUGUUCACUGCGGCGCGUGUGUGUGUGUGUGUGUGUGUGUGUGCGUGUGCUGAUCAUCAGCAGGAGCGGACAAUGAACACUGAGUCUCCAUCUGCAUGACCAGAGGCAGACACACACUCACACACACACCUCAUGUUGUAGACUUCUCCUUCAUACGAGUGUGUGUGUGUUCUUCAUGUGCUCCUCAGAGUGUGUGUGUGUGU